AUGUUGGACCAUCAUAANAAGAUACUGAAGCAAAAGCGUGGUGAACAGAUAGAAGCUCCAUUACCCGCUGAAAGAAUUCAAAAGUCGACCCCAUUUGAAACAACUGGAAUUGACUUUGCCGGACCCCUCUAUGUUAAAAACGAAAAAUUGGUUACAAAGGCCUACAUAGUCAUAUUUACGUGUGCUGUAACUCGAGCCAUCCACUUGGAAGUAGUGUCUAAUUUAAGCACUGAUGUUUUCUUACUUGCGCUACAACGGUUCGUAUCUCGACGUUCCCUUCCUCAUACUGUGUACACAGAUAACGCCACAACAUUCGGCGCUGCAGACAAGGAGUUGAGGUCCUUGUGGAACAUCAUAUCCUCUUCCAAGGUACACCAGUUUUAUGCUCAUCACAACAUGACAUGGAAAUUCAUCGCCCCACGUGCGGCUUGGUGGGGAGGGUUUUGGGAGAGAAUGAUUGGUACUAUCAAACAGUGUCUGCGGAAGACCCUUGGUAAAGCUUGCUUAGACACUACCAGUCUGGUCACGGUUCUAUGCGAUAUCGAAGCCGCCGUGAACAGCAGACCAAUUUGUUCAUGA